CCUCCCACAAUCUAGUGCAGCUGCUUCGAUAUGUUUUCAACAAAGUCUAUCAGAGUCAUCAGACCCAUCUUUUUCUAGCUCUCCUUCGUACAUAUCUUCCACCUUCUUUGGUUAAUACGCAUACCUUCAACUCUUUCUGCAUUUUGAUGGUGCUUAAUCAUCUCCAUCAAUUUUAACAAGAUCGAUCAGAACUCUUCUUCUCUCGCUCUCCACUGGUAAUUAAGCAAGAGCUUGCUCAUACGAGCUACUUGUCUGCUCGCACUUUGUUUGUUUAAAGAAAUUAACUAGAAAAGAUGGGAGUUCAAGGCACCUUGGAAUACCUGUCAGAUCUGAUAAGUAGUGUCAAAAGCAAGAAGAAGAAGAAGAAACAAACACAGACCGUAGCCGUGAAAAUUCGGAUGGACUGUGAGGGAUGUGCUCGGAAGGUGAAGAAGGUCCUCUCCGGUGUAAAAGGGGCUAAAUCUGUGGAUAUCGACAUGAAGCAGCAGAAGGCAACAGUGACUGGUUAUGUGGAGGCAAAGAAAGUGUUGAAGGCAGCUCAGUCAACCAAGAAGAAGUGCGAGCUGUGGCCUUAUGUUCCAUACACUUUGGUGGCUCAACCUUAUGUUGCCGGAGCCUACGACAAGAAGGCUCCGCCAAAUAUGGUUAGGAGCCUCCCAAGCACUGCCACUAUAUCAGAGACUGCCGUUGAUGACCAUUACACCGAAAUGUUUAGCGAGGACAACCCAAAUGCCUGCUCUGUCAUGUAACUAGCUAGCUCCCCAGAUCUAUUAUUAAAACAAUUAAGAAGGAAAACCGAAAAUGCUGUUUUGUAUCAUAAUGCAAAGACAGUUUUUGGACUUUGGUGAUAUUUGGGGAA